GUUUGGAAUAAUUAUUACAAUUUUUAUAUUGUGACAUCACAGUUUAAAAGAACUGUUUUCUAUUUUAGUAUAUUAGUUUAUUAAAACUGAACUGAAUUUCCGGCAUCAUUACUCCAGUCUAAUCCAUCAUUAUUCCAAAUAAAUUCUUAGCAUCACAGGAAUAAAUUACAUUUUAUUUAUGGCCUGUAGUGUAUAUUCGUGCAAAACUGAUAUAUUUACUUUAAGAUGUGUGAAAGCUGAAGCUGUUCUAGUUGAAUAGUUCAUAUCCGUGGUCACAUAUCCCCCAGAGUUGUGUGUUCAGAUCUGUUCUGAAAGAGUGCUCUAUUCGCUCUCACACCACAGCUCCAAAUUCUACACACUGCCUCCCGUGAUCAUUCGCAGACUUUAGCCUCCUACAGCGCAGAGACCUUGCUUGUGCAAAAAUGAAAAGCAUGAGGCAUAUAGUGAUUCUGAUGACUCUCAUAAGCGGUGCGUUCACUGCUCCAUUUGUGAAGGGGGAGCAGGCCAAGAAAAUUUUACGUCUAAAGAGGCAGUCUGGAUACUGGGACCCCAAUUAUGCACAGAACCAAUGGGGUUAUACCUUACAGGAGCAGGCAAAUGAAUACUGGACUGAUUUGAGAACAAAUGCUCAGUAUUACAUGGACAUGGGAAACCUGGUGUUUGACCGUUCUCUGGCUGAUGAGACCAAUAGGCUCUACAUGGACAUGCUGAGGGAUGUAAGAGCACAGCUGGAUGCACACACAGGCCAACAGUGAUUGAUAUGGACAAAAACGAUCAACUGAUUAAGUCAAUGGCGAGUGCUGAGACAGCUUUGCUGAUCUCAUGGUUGUGAGCAGAGCAGCUGCCAGUUUUUGCUGCUGAGGUCUCUAAGAGAUUUCAAUUAGUCUGCAGCAAUGCUUUUCAGCAUAGUAUAAAAUGCUUCUAAAUAAAAUGAAGUAAUCCAUCAUCAAUGUAUUAAUUAUUAAAUAGGUUAUGUAUCAGAUAAAGAAAAGUGUUUGGCAAAACAAAGUCUUAGUACAAAGUUUCUUUAAAAAAAAUGUCAAUACAUUUUUGCUACAAAUCAAACUAAAUAAAUCUUUUUUAAAGGCAAUUUGAACA